GAAUGGAUGCGAGUAAGUAUUUAGUCCUCUUAGUUUUGCUCUCUUUACAUGUCUUGGGAAAUGGUCAUGAAAUUGAGCCUGAAAGGCCGACAAAACUAACGUCUAGAAAUUUCCACACAAUCCUGUCAUUAGACGAUCCUUGGAUUGUUGUGUUCCUUGAAGACUAUGCGAAGAAGGAGCCAGAAUUAAUAGCGCUUGCUACAUCAGUUGUUGGUGUUGUGCAGGUUGGAUUUGUUGAUAUGGAUGAUCCAGAAUGCGACGAGCUCAUCGAGGCAAAGCAUGUUUCACGACCUCAUAUUAGAGUCUAUGAAUUCGGCGAGGAAAAUAAAGAGAGACCGUUGCAUGUUUCGACUUACGAAGAAGCUGUUGAGGCAGCCUUAGAGAGCUAUCCAGAUACAUUUGAAAGAAUCACGGCAGAGAAUAUACCCUUGUUUUACAGCAAGGCGAUGAGAGAGCAGAAACCACGAAAGCUCCCAGUGAUAUACUUCUCAGACACAGAUCGAGUGAAGCCUGUUCUGCGAUAUUUCUCCAUUACAUUGAAGAGCAUUUUCUCAUUUGGCAUGCUGGUGAAUCCUACACGCGAUUUAAUGGGGAACCUGAGUAUAGAAAAUCUCCCACAGCUUAUUGUUUUGACCCACUUGAACCUGAAGUCUGGUGCGUUUGAAAUAAUCAAAUACGACAAAAAGGCAUAUGGUCCUUACAAUGUGCCAGGUGUCCUGCGUUUUCUUUUGGGAGUCCAGAAUGAAUCCGGUGACAAAAAGCACCGAAAGACACUGGAGAAACUGCUAAAUGUUGAAAUGAAUGACAAACCCUCAAGAAAGCAGCAACCAGGGGUUGAAGAGCUUACAUAUUCAUCGAUUGAUAGAAUUUGUGGUUCUAAAUCAACAGCUGUAUGUGUAAUUGCUUUUCUUGGAAAUAGCAACAAGGAGUACAUUAAGGAGAAAGAGGCGAUUCUGGAUAGAGUUAGAAAAUCAGAAACAGUGAGGGAUCAUCACGUCCGCUACUCUUGGUUGAAUGCAACUUGUCACGAAAACAUAGCCGAAGCUUUUGCUGUUGAUAUGACACAACUUCCCUUCGUUAUAGCAGUGAAGAGACUUAAUAAGGAGUUUGCACAUCACAUAGGAUCAUUUUCGUUCGGAGACUUGAGGGAAUUUCUACUGGCUGUUUUGUCUAGAAGAAAAAGGAUGACAAAUUAUAAAAAGUUCCCUCUAUGGCUAACAAAGGAUUGCCGUUUGACAAAAACUAGCUGUUUAGAUGGUAUUUGCCGAGAUGCUAAAAAGAGAAACAAGAAGCGUGGACCAAAGCUUAGUGGUGCUGGAGGCGACAGGACUGAACUUUAAAUCGUAAACAAAUUUCUAAUUCGUAUUUCUGUAUGAUAAAUCUUGAUAUAUAGAUCUUGAUCUUGUAAUUUUUAUUUGGAUUUCUGAGACAGCAGUAUCCAAAAGGAUUGAAAUCAAUAGCACUAAAAAUGUCAUAAACAUAAUUAUUUUCUGCAAACUGUUUUCGUAAGUCCCUGUGACAAUUUGUGUUUGUUUGAGAAGAUUUAUGUCAUUUCUAUUGAACAAUGGAAAGCAGUAAUAAACAGAGCUUCUGAGACCAAUUAAGAGAAUAUAAAACUUCGCCUCUUCAAACUCUUCAAAGCAGAUUUUAGAAUGGAAGAAUAUUUCAGCGAGAUACGUGAUUUCAAAAAGGAAUCACGAAAUGACGAAAUGAUGCUCACAUUCCCCGAAAUCAUUAUUUCCCAGAUUGGGAACGAUCUAACACACCAAUUGAAAAAGGUUUUGUCAUGUGGGACAUUUUCGAAAGCCAAAUCUUUGAUAAAGUUCAUGUGUAUAGCUAAAAUUUUUCUAGAACGAAAUCUUCUGAAGCCAUGAACUGAAACAUACGGAUAACAUGCUCGUUAUCUAGGUGACUUUAUCGGUGUACCCGUUCUUGUUUAUGUAUUAGUUUGUUUCAUUUAAUUUGGUAUAAUAACUACUGCAAAUAUUUUUAUUUUCUUUUUUUUCAUUUUUGACCGGGUCUUAAUAGUUUAUAAAAACCUUGAAGGGCUUGCCGUUUCUACGAUGCCUUGUCGCUUCUUCGAUGAAUGUUUACCUCAGUCCAGCCUCACGCUAGGAGCCUUAAGUAUGCAGGAGUUGAGGAGAGUGCUUUCUUCUCGCAACAUGCUACCUUCAGAAUGUUUUAUCAAACACAUGGCUAGAAAAUACACAUAAGUCAAGUACUGGGAUAAAAUAACCAUUCAUCUCAGUUAAGUAGGUAUAAAGUCAACCAAUCUUAGCCUUUGUGCCAAGCUCUACCUUUUGGAAUUAAAGAAUUCACAAGGAACAGUGUUUUUAUUUGACAACUUCACUUGAGCAGGUUCCCUGUAAAGUUUUGUUAAAGUGCUCAAAUACUAACUAUAUGACAUUCCUUCAACAUUCCAUCUAUUUUUCUGAUAUUAAUUUCACUUUCUGCAACUCAAUCAUUCGCAUCUUUCAUCAUCAACGUUCUAGACGAUCCUAAAUAAUGAGUGACUAGGGAAAGUUUUGGUUCGUUUUUUUAAUCCGAUGAAGCCCUGUAUGCCGGGGCGAAAUAUUAGUAUGCAUUUUAUUUAAUUUAUUUUGAAAAUUUAUUUUAUUACAUUGGAUUCUCGUCA